GAGGCGGGCCCGACGGGGCUGCAAGCAUCAAGGGCGGGGUGCCCCAGUGGCCCCGGUGCACGUAUGACAGCAGCGCCAAGUAGCAGCGAGGUCUUUUUACUUGGGAGACCCAACGCUGCCACUUCGGAGUCCCGCGCCAGUCCGUGGACGCGAACUUGGGUUCAGCACGCGACGCCGCCGAAGUUCCAUCGCUGAAAGUUUUCGGGAACCUCCGAAAUGAACGAAUCCAUCCCGACUAUGGACCCUCGGUGCAAGGGGAAACCCCCCCUGGCCAUGGACAUCAUCCUCCAGUUGGACCUCUUUGGCAUCAUCUUGUACUCUGUCCUCACCUUCAUGGCGGCCACGUCCAUGCUGAUCUUCAUCGAGGAGUGCGUUUAUAUUUACAAGAAAGUGCCAGCCAAUAAGAAGAGCACCAUCAUAUGGGUGAAUGGAGCAGCGCCGGUGAUCGGCACCAUGUCCUGUCUGGGAAUGUGGGUCCCCCGAGCCACCAUGUUUACCGAUAUGACCUCGGCCUGCUACUUUGCCAUCGUGGUGUUCAAGUUCCUCGUCAUGAUGAUAGAGGAGGUGGGCGGCGACGAGGCCUUCCUGCGGCGGGCGACCAAACACAAAUUGAAGAUCAGCACGGGGCCGUGUUGCUGCUGUUGCCUCUGCCUGCCAUAUGCGGCCAUCUCAAGGCGUUCUCUUUUCCUGCUCAAACUUGGCUCCUUUCAAUUUGCUCUGCUCAAGGUCGUCUUCACCGUCCUCUCCAUCGUCCUGUGGACCAACGGAACUUUUGAUUUAGCGGAUCUGAGCAUCACCGGUUCCGCAAUAUGGAUCAACCCCUUUGUGGGCAUCUUGACUAUCAUCGCCCUGUGGCCUGUGGCCAUCACAUUCAUGCACCUCCGGACCACCUUACGCACCAUCAAGAUCAUCCCCAAGUACGCCAUGUACCAGCUCGUGCUGAUACUUAGCCAGCUUCAGUCGGCUAUCAUCAACAUCUUGGCUUUGAACGGAACCAUCGCCUGCGCGCCGCCGUUCUCUUCCGCCGCCAGAGGAUACAUGAUGAGUCAGCAACUGCUGAUCCUGGAGAUGUUCAUCAUCACGCUGGUAACACGUCUGCUGUAUCGCCGCCUCUAUGAUCCGCUGCCCGAGGAGGAGUGUGACGACAACGAGAACACCAAAAUGGUUACUUUGCCGAACGCCGUAUGAGUCGGUCUUACGUAUGCGUGUUUUAUCCUUGUAUGUUGUGCAUUUUAUCAGGAGAUUUUGAUAUGUUUAAUUAACUGAGCAGGCUCUUUGGUUGCACAAACAUUCUGAAGUGUAACAUUUGUUGCCAAUUCUCCUCUGGUUCUUUCUGUCGUAAAACCCUGAGAAGUUAUGCAAGAGACUGUUGGCACAGCAACAAUGUCUUCGGAAUGUAAAAGACAGUUCUUGCUUGUAUUUGCAAUUUUGAAGAGGGAAUGAAUAUUUAAAUAUUUUUUUAUUAGAAUCUGCAAAACAAUGUUGGACUUGACAUGCGUUGGAAAAGAACUUUAUAUUUCAAAACGAUCUGUUUAGUUUUAUCGCAUUUUUCCGACAGUAACAUCACUUUAAGUGACUAACCUUUCAUAGCAUUUCAGUUUCAUGCCAGUUUCUUAAUAGAAAUGUGCAGGAAACAGACUUUAUUUACAGUAAUGUAAAUAAAAUAAUAAUAAAAUUUAAAGUUAAUGUGAUCUCUUUUUGGAGACGCUAUUGCAUCAAUGGUGAUAAUUUUUUAUUUUUUGCUAGACCUUUACUGUCACACUUGUCAUGCACAAGACUAGUACAGUUGACAUUCCAAAAACACUGCUUCUUUGUGGUGCUUUUUUUCGAGUACCUGCCUGUUGACCUGCUAUUAAUAUAUAUUUCCUUUAGGUGGCAGUAAAAAGCUCAUUUUGACGUUGAUGAUGAGUGGAUUUCAUAAAAUUAGAAUACAGUAUAUGAAUAAUAAGUGAAGAACAAAUGCAAACAUGUUAAUCAAUAAUAUGAAUCAUUCAUGAUAAAUAAAAGAAAGUAUCGGGUCUGAAAAUAUUUUCAAAUAUUCUACUCGAUGUAGUCACGUUAACUGUUUUACGCGCAGUAAAUUUUGAUUGAUGCUACAGUUGUCCAAUAGAAUUCAUAAUAGUUGUCUACGUCAUUUCCUUUCACCAAUUCAUUUAGCCUACCGGCUGGCUUUGUCGAAGGGGGUAGACUCGUGACUCGUAUGUGCAAAGCUUGCUGCACGAGCGCCUGACUGUAACGGAAACAAAGGAAGCGUCUUCCAAAAUUCAACUGGACUAUUGGUCAUGCGGUAUUAAAAACAAAGUAUCCACGCUUUUGAUCGUUUAUUUUGAAUUGUAUUUUUUAAAACACCCUGUUGCUUAUAUAAACUAACCCCAUACAUGUAUUUGAAAUUUGUCUUUGUUUGACGUUUGAAAAAAAUAUUCAUGUAUAAUGUAAUUUAAAUGGCAUAGUUGACAUACA